UUCAGGAGAUCUCAGUUGUGAUACUUCAACCACAGCAUGAAUACAGAAGAGCUUACUUCGGAUAUUGCUGAACUACAGUCACUUCUGCGAGUUUCUCAGAGACCAAACAUUCAAGGCUGGAUCAAGUGCAAGAUAGAAGAGACAGAAAGAGAGUUGAAAAAGCUGUCAGAGUCUCAGACAUUAAAUUCUGAGCCAACUGGAUCUGCUUCUAAGCCGGUGAAUGCUGAGAAGUCGUCUCCUUCGAGUCUUCCGACUGUGAAAGUCACAAAUUACGGUUGGGACGAGUCGGACAAGUUCGUCAAAGUGUACAUAACACUGAAGGGAGUUCAAGAUGUUAAUCCAACUACAAUCCAUCACAGCUUUUACAACUACGGCUAUGAUAUCACGGUGUCCAAUUUCUCUGGUAAAAAUUACACCAUGACUAUGAAAGGCUUACGCGACGAAAUCGUGCCUGAAUCCAGUCAGAUUAAGCAGAAGCAGGAUAUGCUCUUAGUAAUGAUGAAGAAGAAAACAGAAGGAAAGAAGUGGGAACAGCUUACAAAACUAGAAUAUGAUGAGAAACAGAAAAGAAAACCAAAGUUCGACGAAAAGUCGAUGGACGACGAUCCACAGGCGUCGUUAAUGAACAUGAUGAAGCAGAUGUAUGAGGAGGGAGAUGAUGAAAUGAAAAGGACAAUCCGAAAAGCAUGGCACGAGGGUCAAAACAAAAGAAACACUGCGGAUAUGCCAUCGUUAGCCGACAUGUAAACCUUGUGCCAAGUUUCAAGACAAGAUGUUUUUGUUGUUGUUGUAUGGCCUUUAUUUUCUUAUCCGAGUUACAUCCCCAGUUUCUUUCUAGCCAAUCUUUCUGGUUAAUCAUAUAAUAUUUUGUACAGAAAUGUGCAUAUGCCAUGAGU